GAUCUCGCUGUGCAAAAACUCAUUUACGAGCAUCAGUCUUGUUCUGCACUGCAGAUGGCAGAACCAACGCAGACACCAGAUAUUUUGCUCCAAAUCCAUUUUAUUGCUCGCCAAUUAUUUAAACUACCUAAUGCUACCAGAUACCCGGACUACGCGAAGCAUGGUAGGGCAACGAGAUUUUCGUCGUGGGACGGCUCUAGGCCCAGGCAUCAGAAGAUAGCGACGUAUGAUACGUAUGAUAGGAAAAUUGAAGGGCACUGCAAGCUGGUCUCGCCGCAUCAGUAACUCCCAACGAUGGCAAGCCACCUGACAACACCACACCGCACCUUCAUACUUCUCUGCCAACAUCGCAUCUUCGCCCUCAACUCAUUCCAGCCAUCCACAGUCACCAUCAUCCUUUUCCUUAACGUAGAAAGGAAUUGCAGCGGCGUGCUCCUGUACCGCACAGGCUCAGAGUCCUCAAUGGCAUAAUGUCAUUACGGCCAGGCUGUCCACUUGUCAUGUCUUGUCUCGAUACGGCAGUCUCCUCUUUCCUUUUCUCAUGGUUGUGAGUGUGACGGGGAGUGCUGGGGGGGAAAGAUGGAGAGCCCUGCGAAAUCUAUAUUUCGAUGUAGUUAGGUUAUGCUGAUCGCCAUCCACUACGUGCAUAGCUAUCAGUAUUCUGAUGCCCGUAACCCCAACCAGAUCAAAAUUUAGCCACGUACGAUGAGAAACAAGGCGCGACCGCUCGGACACUCGGAGAGCUGUAAAAAAGCCCGUCGGAAUACUGGAGAGUCGUGAUGUCUGCUGACGGAUUAGACUCUUGAAUCAAAACGGCGACAAAAGACGUUAGCCAAACCCAUGAUCGCACGUCACUGUCCUGUCACCAGCGUCGUUGGUGGGGCCCUCGAAGUCGGGUGAGAGAAAAUCUGCAAGGGGCUAAUAAAAAUAAAAAUAU